AUGGAAAAUAUCAUAGAGUCUGGAAGUCAACCUUCUAAAUCUUCAAUUGAUGGGUCUACAGUGGUGGAAGCCCAAACUGUUGACACAAAUAAUCAACAGAAUGUGCAACCUACUACUACAGUUCCUGAGAAGAAGAUGAAGAUUGUUGAGUCCAGAUCACCAGUGUGGGAUCAUUAUGAAAAAAUUAAGGAUAGUAAUGGUGUUACUAUCAAAGACACUAGACAAUCACUGUUAACCUUUCAAGCUAUUACAAAUUCUGAUGCAUCUCCUCCUACUGUUGGUGAGUUAGGAACUUGGGUCUUUAACCAGGAAGCUAUUAGGAGGGCCUUGGUUGAAAUGAUUAUAAUAGAUGAACUACCUUUUAGAUUUGUGGAGGGUCCAGGGUUUAGGAAGUUCAUUAUGGUGGCUUGUCCUAGGUUUAAGAUUCCAUCUAGAUGGACAAUUAGUAGGGACAUCAAUCUGAUUUAUGAAGAGGAAAGAUUGAAGUUGAAAUGUGUUUUUAGAGGGAACACUCAAAGAGUCAGUAUUACAACUGACACUUCGACUUCUAUUCAGAGAAUUAACUACAUGGUAGUGACUGCCCAUUUUAUAGAUGAAGAGUGGAAGCUUCAUAAGAAGAUUAUCUCAUUUGUCCCUAUUACAUCACAUAAGGGUGAGUCUGUUGCAAAAGUCCUUGAAACCUGUUUGCUUGAUUGGGGGAUUAGGAAUGUGUAUAGUAUAACAGUAGACAAUGCUUCAUCUAAUGACACUGCUAUAGGUUUUUUAAAAAAGAAAUUGAUGUCUUGGGGAACAUCUACUGUGAAUGGCAAGUAUAUUCACAUGAAAUGUAUUGCCCAUAUUCUGAACCUUGUUGUCCAAGAUGGCCUGAAACAAUGUGAUGCUUCUGUGAAGAAGGUAAGGGAGGCUGUAAGAUAUGUGAGGAGUUCACCUUCUAGACUUAAGAAAUUUAGGGACUUGGCUGAGUGGAAUGGGAUUGAACAGAAAUCUUCUUUAUGUCUAGAUGUUCCAACCAGAUGGAACUCUACAUAUCUUAUGUUACAAUCUGCAAUUACAUAUGAGAAAGUGUUUGAGUCACUUGAAGAAAGUGAUAGUUCCUUCAAAUCAGAUUUGUCUGAUUCUGUUCCUAAUUUUCUUAAUUGGGAGUCUGUGAAGAGUUUGGUGGAGAUCUUGAAAUGUUUUUAUGAAAUGACAAUAAGAAUUUCUGGUUCUUCAUAUGUCACUUCUAACACUUUCUUUUCUGAAAUUUCUGAUUUAUACUGCAUCUUGAAUGGAAUGGUGGAAGCUGGAGGGUCUGUGAAACUGAUGGGAGAAAAUAUGAAGGCUAAAUUUGAGAAAUAUUGGGGGGAUAUAGAUAAAAUGAACUUGAUGAUAUUCUUUGCAAACAUUCUAGACCCCAGAGACAAGUUAGAGUACAUGGCAACACAGAUGAAUCACAUGUAUGGUGAGGUAAAAGGUAAACCCUACUAUGAGAAAGUGAUUGCAGCCUUGAAAGAGUUGUUUAAUGAUUAUGUUGCCUCUACUCCUGCCUCUACUCCUGCUUCUUCCACUACUGUCUACAGUUGGGAGGCCCCAACAUUUGUUAAAGUCACAGAUUAA